UUCCGCUAGCAGCAGUAAUUUGAUUGGUAAAGGGCAUUUUGGAGAGAGGGGAGGGAGAAAGAUAUUCCCAUCGAUGCCUUCUUAUAAAAACACGAGUAAAACGAUAUGUCGGGUAAGGGUUUGAACUAAAUUGUGAGAAACAACAGAGAAAGUAAGCAAGAAACCGAAGAGAAGAAAAAAUGCCGUGCCUCAACCUCAACACCAACGUGUCCCUCGACGGCGUCGACACCUCUUCCAUCCUCGCCGAAGCCACCUCCUCCGUUGCCAACAUCAUCGGCAAACCCGCGGCCUAUGUGAUGAUUGUACUGAAAGGAUCAGUACCCAUAGCUUUUGGUGGGAAUGAACAGCCAGCAGCUUAUGGAGAAUUGGUGUCCAUUGGUGGUCUUAACCCUAGUGUAAACAAGGAACUUAGUGCUGCAAUUGCUUCAAUUCUGGAAACCAAAUUGUCGGUGCCCAAGUCACGGUUCUUCUUGAAAUUCUAUGACACCAAGGGUUCCAACUUUGGAUGGAAUGGAUCUACAUUCUGAAUUCCAUGUUACAUUGGUUGCGGUACCUUGAAUGUUGGAUGGAGUCUUCAUUAUGUUUCACCUCUAUGUUUAUUUCUAUGUUUGUAUCAUUAUAUAAGUACUCGGCAUUUCUGGUAGCCUAAGCUUGGGUAUCAUGCAAAUGUAACUUGCUUGAUUGCAAGGAUAAAUGGGGAUCAUAUGUGUUUGACACUUUUUGUGACAAACAUUAUCUGGCACCGCUUAAAUGAUCAUUUGUUUUGAUGAUGCAUUUUAUGAAUUCAGCUUGAAACCAUAGAUUUGAUUUGAUCCUCAUGUUAUUGAUUAUAAAGAUGAUACAUACUCGUUCAAUGAUAGUAAUGGCAGGUUUGUGUUCUGUCUA